AAGGGACCAAGGAAGUCAGGCUGCACAUACAUGGACAAAGCCAAUUUCUUAGAAGAUACAACUUCUAAGCAACAGAAAGAUUUGCCUUAUGAUGGGGAUUUCUCCCAAAUUAAGAUAUACAAUGAUUACAAUUUUACCUCAAAAAAUGACAUCCUUGAUGUCUCAAAUCAAAUUCCUUUAACAGUAGAUGACCUUCAAGGAAAGGCUACCUAUAAAGAGACUUGCAGAAAUGCAGACAUGGCCAUGACUCUGGGUAAAAUGACUAAAACUGUUAUCAACAAAAACUAUGAUAAAGAGAAACAAUUCACUGUAAAUCUUGAUAUCCUGGCUAAUGAAAGAGACCCUUCCAAGUCAAGCAUUUCUGAUAAUUUACUCCAUCAUCUUUCCAAUGAGGAAUUCUUAAAAGGUCAAGGCAUUAAUUGUGAAACUUUCCCAGAGAUUUCUAAUGCUGACAGUUCUGAUGAAGCUAUUGUUAAAAAUAUUAUUUUGCACUAUGUUAAGAAUUCUUGGUCAAAAGAACAAACCCCAGAACUCACAGACCAACUGAGCCCCAAAAGGGGUGGUGAAAACAGCAAUAUGCCCUGUUGUUCUCUAACUGUGACAGAAGGAAACGCCUCUGACUUAGAGGCUGCUGGAGAGAGCAGCCAUCAAGAAACUUCACAUUUUCUAACUAAAAUCAAGAGUCCGCAUGAUAAACCAAAAAGUUGCCAAGGGCAGCUGCCCCAGAAACUGCAGACUGAAAAAGCAGUUUCAGGCACUGAGUUCAAACAUGGCUGUAGUCUGGUUCCUUACGAGUUAUCUGAUUUCCCUAAGGUUGCUCCCAAAGGGAAAAUCCCUAAAAAUAAAACAAUUAAUAAACCACUUACAACGGAUAAACAAGCCAGCUUUUCUCCUAAAUUGAGAGAUAAGUCAGCUAUUGUGCAAGAUAUUUUAGAAAGCAUGUCUAGGUCAAACUGUAUUGAAAGACAAGGACAGAAAAGGAAAACUGCUGAACCUUCACAACAGAUAGAGAUGGAGCCCACAAUACAUAUUCAUCAAGAACCUCUCACAGGAAUAGAAUCAGAGAUGAGUCUCUUUAAGGUGUCAUCAAUGUCUCAGAAAGACAUUUUCCCAAGUUCUUCUUCCAUAUUUCAGAAGAUAACCCAAGGGAAACAGAUGUGCCAGAAGUUAAAAGAACAGACUGAUCAACUGAAGACUAAAGUACAAGAAUUUUCCAAAAGCAUAGCACAGGACUCUCCCUAUCAUUUGCAAGAUAAGAGGCUGGUCCUGGAGAAACUGCAGGGACAUCUUGAACUGCUGGAGCAGGAGUUUCUGGACAAGAAGGAGAUGCAUCUGACUUUGAAGCAAGUUCACAGGCAUGAGUCCCCAGCUGUCGGUGACUUUGAUCCAGAAAGAGAAGUGGAAGGUGAAAUCUUCAAGUUGGAGAUGCUACUUGAAGAUGUUAAAGAGAAAAUUAAUAAGGGCAAAUGUACUUCAGCCAUCUCUCUUCCUGUGAGUUCUCCAAUCAUCUUGGAUGACUUGGCAUCCAUAUCCUCUCCACCCUCAAAUGAGGUAAUACGGACAACCCCAUCAACACCUCGGGAAGGCAGGACCACGCAGAGACGACCAGUCCAAGCUGUGCCUUUUGCCAUGGGGUCCUUGAACGGUGAGGGCUUCUUGCUGCUAAACCCCAGGGCAGGUGGGAGCCAGUGCGGGGAUAAUAGCUCCGGUGAGAGCGGGCGAACAGGUGCCAGAAGCCACUGGCCAAGUUACAGAUCGCAGAUCGCAGGGCUGGGCAUGCCCCGCCUCCCUCCCGAUUCACAAAUCCCUCUCACGGUGGCUCUUGAGUGGGGUUCUGCUGCAGGCCCCAGCUGCUCCUCUGCUUCUGGGACUGGAUUGCAGAGUAAUAAAAGUGAGAACUGUGGCACUAAGCAUCAUAAUUCCCGAAGAGUCCAUGGCAAAGAGCCACUUGAAGAAUUUCAUUACAGAUACAACAUGCCGGGAGAGAAUUACUUAAACCCUAACGAAAGAAGUGCCUUUGUCAAGCUCUGCUUUUUAAACGAAAAUAAAAAUUCUUCACCUUCUUGUUCAAAGCCAGAAUGGAUCUGUUCCCAGACAUCGAAUCCAAAAUCCUCUCAUGAUGAACAUGAGCCCAUACCAGGAAAAAAAAAUCUUAAGGUUUUCAUGACCUACCAUUCAGACCUUGCUACACUCUCACCCCAUUUCCACUCCUGCAGGAUUUCUGGAAGCAAAUCCUUAAGCAACUUUGGCAGUAUCGAAGAAACAAAAUCUGAGAUUUUAAACUCAUCUUUGGCUCAUGCCCUGAGGACAGCAACCAUUUUGAAAGACACUACUGAUCGAAUGAUUAGAACUAUUGCAGAAGAUCUUGCCAAAGCACAGAGAUGGAGGAAUCGACUGAAAUACUAG